UUGGACUCCCUUGCCGUGUGUGAUGCAGCAGCAGCGGUCACACAAGGACGGGCGGGGCAAGUCGUAGCCCAAGCCCGGCAGGGAGUCACUUAGAGGCUGGCCGUGGACGUGAACGGAGGCGCGCGACGGUAAAAGAGCAACUCUUCUCUGGGAUCCAAACUCUUGAGGAUCGCGCGAGUCCGUGGGCCCAGCAUGCAGGCGGCACGCUGGCUGGCGGUGAGCCUCACCCUGGCGCUGGCGGCGGCCGAGGGGGACUCGAUCAUGCCCGGUGUCAGUGUCCUUCCAGCACGCACAAAGCGACAAGGAAUCGUCUUCCCAGGUGACCCAAUCUUUGACCUGCCUCGUCGUCCUGUCAACGGCCCGGGGAGGUUUGCUCCCGCUCCUCAGCCUCCAGCCAACCCUAACCCCGUGGAUGGGCCCCUCGACCUGCCGGAGGACAUGGACCUGAACGCCCUGGACCUCAGCAGUCUCACCCGCGUCAACUCCAUCGGCAACAUCACGGACUUCGCGAGUCUCUUUGGCAUCGAACUCCCGCUCCCCGAAGACACCGGGACAGACUUCGAACUUGUCACCAGAAUUGGCGGCGCAGGAGAGGCCGCCGAGUUGGCCACCAUGGCCACGUGCAAGCCGGAGGUAAGGACGGUGGAGCUGGACCUGCCGACGGAGGCCAACACCCUCUUCUACCCGACGUGCGUGCGGCUGGAGCAGUGCGGGGGCUGCUGCUACGGGCCGCUGCUCACCUGCCGGCCCAAGGUCACCAAGGUGGUCAAGUACAAGGUGCUGAAGACGGUGGUGGGCGGCAGCAACAGCCCCACAGCGACUCGGCGCAACGACAACCGACGAGGACGGCGCCGACGACGCGAGACUGUCCCGAGCUACCACGAGGUGGAAGCCAUCAAGCACGUGCAGUGUGAGUGUGGCUGCAAGGUGCAGGAGCAGGACUGCAACCCCGCCAUCCACAACUACCAGGAGAGCGACUGUGCCUGCGUCUGCAAGAGCAAAGACGAGAAGGUGAAGUGCGAGCAGCAGGGCGGCACCAAGUACUGGGACAUCGACUCCUGCGCCUGCUACUGCCGGAGGACCAUGGACUGUAGCACCGGCGAGUUCUUCUCCCAUACCACAUGCGGGUGUGAGCGGCUGGCGGCUCGAGGCGGCUUCCCAGUGGUCGCCGGAGAAGGUACCGCCCCCUAGUGCUCUCCUCACCCCCUCUGUCCUCUGUACUGCAUGGAUCGGUGCUGGCAUGGCUCCCCUUGGCACUCCCGCGUGUACCUGUCUCGUACCUGUAUUAAUUAACCGAGGGAGGAGCAUGGUGUUCCCUCCUCAAGCCUGUAUUCUUAAACGACUCGGCGCCUCUCUCGUAGAACUUGCUGGGAUUUUCAUGGCCUGUUUUGUGGGUCGAGUGAUAGUUUGACACGACUUCAGUACCUUGAACCUGGUUAAUCGUCUCCGUGGCCUUGGGAAAUACUUGUAGUGGGAGCCCGAGACGUUUGAGAAUGGGGACUUCAGUGUUUACAGUUUUCCGCGGGUAAAUAACCAUGUCCUAAGUCUAUAUACACCAAGUCAAGUCAUACGCAGGUUUGUGGGAGGAGACACGGUCGAGGCGUGGUUUAUGCGUGACACUGCUUGGAGGCAAACUAGAGAAUAUAGAAACAGGGAUUUAGAGAAAACGAGGAAAGGCGGGUUUGUAGUCAUUGGAAUUACAGUCACGCAAUAGCACAAUAAAAAGACAUAUUUUUUCGUCAGUGGCUUGCCUGAACGUGCUGUGAAAGAAGGCGAGAAUGCACAUCCAGAGUGCACAUACGGCCCCAACUUUAGUCACCCCUGAACUGGCGGAUAUUUUUUUUGAGCUCCAAGUGACGUCAUCCCGCUGCUCCGCCCCAAAACCGCCUCCUACGCGUACCGGUCGCAGUUUUGAAGCAGAGUGACUUGACUUGGUAUAUAUAGACUUGGAUCAUGUCUUCUUUGGGUCCGUUCCAGCAACAGAGAUUACCCGGGUUUUCAUGCGUGAUUAUCCCGUUCAUGGUUCAGAGGUCGUGCAAAACUAUCACCAGGAUCACAGAACAGUUCAUGAAAAGCCCAGCAACUUCUACGAGGGGCUUUUCAGACAAGCGAUCUUAGGUCCCGAGACGUUUUUAACCCGGUAACUGCGGGGAUCAUGCUUCUUAAAGGCCCCUCUAAGCGAGAAUAAUAGGAAAAAAUCAUCACUCACGCAAACCAUUUCAUAAUACAUAUCAACGCAUUUGUGAUCGGUUUAUGCAUCAUCUAUUUUGGGGGGUUUAUAUCAUGGCAAAAACUUGGCCUGUCGCUGGUACACGGUAAAGCCACAAAUUUGGUCCGUCGCUGCUACCGGGUUAAGAAUACAAGCUAAUUUUGGUUCGUUCUCUUUUGUAGCAUCUCAUCUUUCAGCGUUACUCGUUGAAGCCGAUUCAUUCUGAUCUCACCUCGAACUCUGAAUCUCAAAGUGCUUAUGUAUAAACACACUGUAGUUUUGUGUACGUGCCAUGCUUGUAUAUGAUUAACUAAUACGAAUGCCUUGUUUCACACACACACACACACACACACACACACACACACACACACACACACACACACACACACACACACACGUAUAUCACCUUUGACCUAUUAAAAAGUCUUGCAGC